GAAGCGAUCGGUUAGUCUUUGCAUCGCCCGGACCCCCGGUGACUGAGCCACGAUCUCUCGACCCUCUUUCUGCUCACCCACCCACCCACCCCCGGCUCUUCUUCUUUCCGUGGGCGGGGGAGGGGGGGGCUCCAGCGCCCCUUAGUGCGGCUGCAAACUUCACCAAAAUUUCUCGGAGGGACGGAACCGCCCCCCGCCUCCGGCUUUCGCUUUCGGACCGAGGCGGCCUCUUUCCCAACGGAGCAAGCAACCGACAGCCGGGAGCUCAGAAGCCAGAAGCCUCCAAAGAAAAGAAAAGAGAAAAGAGAAGGAGGAAAGGAGGAAAGAAAGGAAAGAAGGUGCAAAGGAAGGAGAGAAAAGAGAAGGGAAGAGAAGGAAGGAGAAAGUGAAGGAAGAAGAAGGCGAUAGAGAAAAGGAGAGGAGAGGGAAGGGAAGGGAAGAGGAAGGGAAGAGAAGAAAGGAGAUAGAGAAGGGGAAAGGAAGGAGGGAAGGAGAAGGAAGAAAAAGAGAAGGAAGGAGAUAGAGAAGAGAAGAGAAGAGAAGAAGGAAGGAGACGAGAAGAGAAGGAAGGAGAGAGAGAGAGACGGGAAAAGGAAGGAGGGAAGGAGGAGAGAGAAGCGGAAGAGAAGAGAAAGAGAGAAGAGGACGGAAGGAGAUAGAGAAGAGACGAGAAGAGGAAGGAAAAGGAAGGAAGAAAUGGCUUACAAGUCAUUGGGCUACUCUCCCCAGGCCGCAGCAAAGUGGGGAAGCUUAGCAGGGGAUGAUCCCGAACUCCGACUCAUCCUGGUCGGAAAGUCUGGCAGCGGGAAGAGCGCCACAGGCAACACCAUCCUCGGGUGGAAGGAGUUUAAGUCCACGUUGACGGCAAGAACCACCACCCUCACAUGCCAAAGGCAGCAGGGUAGCUGGCAGGGCAGGUCGGUUUAUGUGGUCGACACGCCAGACAUGUUUGAUUCUGAAGAUUACAGUGAGAGAGUGCGGCGGGAGAUCAUGGCUUGCAUUGACUUCUCCCGGCCUGGCCCCCACGCCCUGAUCUUGGUGACCCAGGUGGGACGCUUCACUGCGGAAGACGCGGCUGCCGCAAAGUGCGUCCGGGAUAUCUUUGGAGCUGAAUCCACCGGGCAUACGAUCGUCCUCUUCACCUGCAAGGAGGAUCUGGGAAAGACCCCCCUGCAGGAGUAUGUCACAGAGUCGGACAACAAGAACUUGCGGGAACUGAUCCGGCAGUGCGGGAACCGCUUCUGCGGCUUCAACAACAAGGCCACAGGAACCGAGCGGGAGAGGCAGGUCUCGGAGCUGAUGGAGACGGUGCAGAAAACCGUUUUCGAGAACGGCGGGAGAUACUACAUCAACCAGCUGUAUUUGGAGACCAACCUGAGAGAUGGGAUUAUCCAAUUUUUCCUGGCAGAGAACCGAAAAGCCCGAAAAACAGCAGAUAAUGCUUUGAAGCAGAAAGAAAAGUUUUUCAUUGCGGCAAUCAUCAUUGCCUGUUUCAUAGUCUUCAUAUAUGUUAUAGUCAAAGUAUCUUAAGUCUUCUUUCAGUUGACAUCUUCGGGACAGAUCUUCUGAUUUGAAUGUGGGAAGGGGACUAGUCUAUGUUUAUGUAGAUCAUCAGGGGACCCCAACCUUUUGGGCCCUGGGGACCAGUUCCAUUUUCCUGCAGACCGAAGGAGGCGUGUUUUCAUGUGCCAUCUGCAUCCCACGGAUGGGGCUUCGUUUCUUUGCUUGGACCAGGUUCUAGCAUGCCAUGGACCAGUGCUGCUCCACGGCCCCAGGAACAGGGACCCUUGAUGUAAAUGACCAGGUUCAAUGUGAGGGAGGGGUCAAGGCUGACAUGAGUCCCAUCCUGCCAACCAGAGAUCCAUCCAACUUUCAACUCUGCUGACUUUUCUCUCCCGCUAAUUUAGUGCUGACUGUUAGUUGACCAGAUUCUUCUGUGCUCAUCCAAAUA